ACACUACCUACAUAGCCUACAUCCGCAUAGCCUACAUAUACAUAACUAGUCUUUGUCAUGUCGUACUCUGUCUCUAUCUCGUUGCCUACUGUGGGAAGGUUCGCUGUCUCGGUCGCCUCUUCGGCCACCGUCCAUGACCUGUUUGUGGCUGUGGCACAGAGGCUGGGCGUGGAGCCUGGAGAGAUUGAGCUCCAUCGCGGCGAGACUGCGCUCUCUGUCACCGUUACCAUGGAGUCGGCGCUGACUGCCGCCGUGCCCAAGCCCGAUGAGACCACACUCUGGCUCUACCCGCGAUUCGGUUCGGUCGACCAUCCAGACGCAACUGCCCACCUCGACCUCGACAGCCUCAAGGCCAUUGUCUCUGCCUUGUAGCCCCC